AUGUCGGGCACUGUUCCGAGUUUCGAUGCAGCAGGUGUACCGAUGCGCCAUCCACGCCCUCUCACGGCUGCAGAGCUCCACCUCGAGCUGGAGAAAGAACAAGAAGCUGUUGUGAACCGUCUGACACGCGAGCUCUCCGCUCUGCGUGCCCACUCGGCAUCGGUAGCGUCCACGGCUUCGAGUGUUACUUCAGGCGUGCACGUUGACCACGAUAUCAUCGGCUCUACCCAUCCCACUUCCGCGCGUCGUCACCGUAGCUCUUCGAGUGUAUCCCGCACCAGCACCAAUGCGCCUUACGGCAUUCCGAUCAACCCUGCUACGGCCACCAUCCCGCAUCACCGCUACUCCGUGUCGUCGCAACCCGCAACGAGCGAUCCCUCGGCUGCGCAACAAGCGAGGAGCGCAAGCGUAGUGAGCACGCCCCGAUAUGAGGAAGUCGCACACUAUCGGCAAGAACUCGAGGAGGCAAAGCGCGAGAACGAUGUACUGAAGAGGAGAAUCCGGGAGCUAGAAAGGGCACUCCGGAGCGGUGGAGACGCAGUGGAUACUCAGAGGGGUAGGACAGGCGCACCGACGUCUGCACCGACGGGUGGUGAGGCCACGGCGACGAGCGCAGCGGCAGGUCCGACUCUAUAG